AUGGCUUGGACAUCAAAGGGCAUCAACAACGCCGACCUUGUGCGGCAGCUGCAAGACUGCAACAUAAUUAAAAGCGGUUCAGUGGGACAGGCGAUACUGGCGACUGACCGUCGGCACUAUGUGCCACCGAAUUUGGAUCCUUACGUAGACUCGCCCCAGAGCAUCGGCCAUGGAGCAACCAUCAGUGCACCGCACUUGCACGCCUAUGCACUGGAGCUGUUGGAAAAGCACCUGAAGCCGGGCAGCAAGGUGCUGGAUGUGGGCUCCGGAUCGGGCUACCUCACGGCUUGCCUCGCACGGUACAUCCAUCAGCAGCCGAACGCCACCGGAGUUGUGGUCGGAAUCGAGCACCAGCCCCGUUUGGUGGAGCUGGGCCGCAGGAACGUCGGAGCGGACGACCAAACGUUGAUCGACACGGGCAAAGUGAUUCUCAUCGAGGGCGAUGGGCGGCUGGGAUGCAAGGACUAUGCACCGUACGAUUGUAUCCACGUGGGAGCCGCUGCUCCGGGAAUCCCCAAAAAACUCAUCAAUCAGCUGAAACCGGGCGGCAGGCUGGUGGUUCCCGUUGGUCCCGUCGGUGGCAUGCAGCACUUGGAGCAGAUUGAUAAACGGCUGGACGGGACGGUACGCCGGAAGCAGCUGAUGUACGUGGCGUGCGUACCGCUCACGGACCUCCAGGUGUGA